CAAUAUCUUCCUCCCCAACAUCUCAGUAACAGCCUUCUGUAACGUCUUUUCUCUCUUGACCCUGAGCCAACAUACAAAACUCACAAAAUUGGCUCUAAAGCUUCAAUCUGCGUAUAUUUGAAGAGCAACAAGGUGGUUAUUAGUUCGCAGCUAUGACUCCUACUUUGUAUCUGAAUGACAUAUCUUGUUACUCCCUCAUAUUGUGACUGGCACUUGCACCAUUGGGAACGUCUGAAAUAACAAGAUGGAGAAAACACUGCUGAGAAAUCUGGGCGCGUCCCCUUUAGGAACAUCCGAUGCCUCUCUUCCUCCGUUGGAGCCUCUGCACUCCCUUUCCCAGGGCGCCUCUCCGGGCCUCUGCGCCCUCGGCUCCUGGAAAGAGCACAGCGUCCCUUGCCUGGUGGGAUGCAGAAUAAAAACUACAUUGCCCAGAAGGCUGUACUCCGCGGGACAGCUGUCUGUGCCCGACCGUUGUCGAACCGGAAAGGGGCGUGGCUGGCCCGUAUUGACAGAGGCGGCGCGGGGAUGGACGUGUUUGUGCCGGGGCGGGGGUCUGUCCACACCCGCGGUGAGCCCCGCGCCGCUUGUUUGGACGGAAGGCGGAAAGACAGAGAGGAGGACGCACCUCGGCCCCUUUGUAGGACUUGAGGGAGGGUCGGCUGAGCCCGCGGGACGCUCCCUGCCCCCGGCGCGGCCCUGCUGUCCCCACGGUCCAAUGGCGCCGCCGCUGGACCCCCUGCAGGUGUUGGUGACCUUCAAGGAUGUGGCGGUGACCUUUACCCAGGAAGAGUGGGGACAGCUUGACCUGCAUCAGAGGACCCUGUACCAGGAGGUGAUGCUGGAGACCUGCAGGCUCCUGGUCUCACUGGGGCAUCCAGUUCCCACACCAGAGUUUUUCCCUCUGCUGGAGCACAGGCAGGAGCUAUGGACGGUGAGGACAGGCCUCUCACAUAGCCCCUGCCCAGGUGACACAACAAAACUUCAGACCAGAGAGCCAAGCACAUCUCAGCUGGUUUUGCCUGAGGGAGACUUGCUCCAGGGAAGCCUGACUGAGGGAUCUUCAAGGGACUCCAGGUUGGGACAAGCCAAGGAUGAGGAAGGGCUUCUGGAAAUGCAGAAAGGUCAAUGGAGGCCAGCAACAGAGCCCCACAAAGAGACCCAUCCUGGGGAAAUAAGCCUUGAAGAUUGUCAUUUGGGGACACAUGAUAGUCUGCAUUCCAGGGUGUUACAGGAGAGAGUCCCUCAGGGAGAUGUCCUCCAUGAACGUGACCCACAGGGACCAGAAAAAGGCCCCACGAUUCAUGCUGGAAGUAACCUGUACAAAUGCAAGCAAUGUGGGAAAGGGUUUAACAGGAAGUGGUACCUUGUUCGACAUCAGCGGGUUCACACUGGCAUGAAGCCCUAUGAAUGCAAUGCGUGUGGGAAGGCCUUUAGCCAGAGCUCAACCCUCAUUCGGCACUACCUCAUUCAUACCGGGGAAAAACCAUACCAGUGCAUGGAGUGUGGGAAGGCCUUCAAACGCAGGUCCUACCUCCUGCAGCACCAUCCAAUUCACACUGGGGAGAGGCCCUACGAGUGCAGUCAGUGUGGGAAGGCCUUCACCCACCGCUCUACUUUCAUUCGGCACAGUAGGACCCACACUGGAGAAAAACCCUUUGAGUGCAAAGACUGUGAGAAAUCAUUUAGCAAUAGGGCACACCUAAUUCAACACUCCAUCAUCCACACUGGAGAGAAGCCCUAUGAGUGCAGUGAGUGCAGAAAGGCCUUCAGAUGCAGCUCAGAACUCAUGCAGCACCAGCGGGUUCACACUGGGGAGAAGCCCUAUGAGUGCACCCAGUGUGGCAAGGCCUUUCACCGGAGCACCUACCUCCUUCAGCACUCUGUCAUCCACACUGGGGAGACACCGUACAAGUGCCUCGAGUGUGGGAAGGCCUUCAAACGCAGGUCACACCUCCUGCAGCACCAGCGGGUUCACAAUUGAGAGCCUGCGAGCACCUGACUGUGGUAAGGCCUUCACCCACUGCUCGUCUUGUCUUGCAGAAGGGGAUCCACACUGGAGGAGAAAACCCUUUCCGUGCAAAGAAUGUUGGAAAGGUUUUUUUGGUCAGCUCUUCAGACACAUGAGUAGUCACAUUGGAGAGAAGCCCUGUGAAUGCAGUGAAUGUAAGGAAGCCUUCAGCUGCUGCUCCGCCCUCCCUCGCCAUCAAAGGAUUUGUACCAGAGAGAAAUGUGCGAAGGUGUGUCACCAGUGUGUCCACCUCUGUCAACAUCAGAGAACAUACAGGCAAGACAUUCUGAAUAUAACUACUGAGGACAGUCUUUAGCCAGAAGAAAAAAUCUUACUUGCCAUCUGAGAAUUCAUAAUGAAGAGGAACACGUAAUUGUCAUGGCUGUGAGAAAACCUUCCGUGACAGCUCUUAUCAUGUAGGGUCAUACUGGGACUAGAAGUAGCUCAGGCUUUCCCGUACUUGUGAGAAAGCGUAGAGGAGGCUGGCCCAGCAGCUCCUGUGCACUUACCGCCACCUUCAGCCACAGGUACCCCUGUGGUUUAUGCUUAGAAAGCCAUCUCAGGAUUAUUUCAGAAAGAAAAGUAAAAAGGAGAAGGAGGAGAUGGAGACAGAGACCAUAAACGGAAAAGACAAAUGCCUUCACAAACCCUUUCGGACUCCCUGCCGGGCCUCUUGCAGUGUCUCAUCAGUUCUAAUUUUCCGUGGGGGAACGUUUGAGAGGAUAGUGUGCAGUUUCCUGUUUUUUGGGAAAGAGAGUUGACUCGUGAAGACCCCAGCCUCCUGCCUCCUCUCUCUCGAGGGUGGUAUAUUGUAGUUGUGGCUGUAAUUGUGACUGAGCCACUGGGUUCAAGAGUUGGAGAAACCCCUCCAGAAACAUCUUGGCUCUCAUCAAAGGGUUCUUUCCAUGCCUGGAACCCGGGCUCCAGUUUGUCCUAAAGCAGGAGUGAUGUGUUUUCCGCUGGAUGAAGGAAACCCCAGGGAUUGUUCCCUCAACUCCGAGCUCUUUCCAUCCAGUCUUCACUUACGUAUUCAGUGUGGUGACCUACAAUGUAUUUGCUGCUCUGGUCAGCAAAUCUCGUGAGACCUCCAUCCUUCAUCUACAUGAACACUCACUGUGCUGUGGGCACACUGGGCAGGGAGGCACUCAUGUGACUGACAUGGGUCCUGCCCUUGAGCAGGGAGGGAGCUCACUGUCGAGUGUAGGUGAGCAGAGUACGCUGAACUCUAGAGAGACAGAAGGAAGCUGAGCACAUGGCUUUGCUGGAUUCUUAAAUCACCUUGAAGAUUCUGUCUCCAAAAUCAGAUUCUUCCCCAUUCUUGAGAGCACUCAGGGUGCUGAACCUGAAGGGAGGGCAGUGAGUGACUGAAGUUAGGAUGAGUAGCACAGUGAUGCAAAGGGAGAAGAAAGUUAAGGUGACAUUUAUUCAGUGCUCCAAGAAAUAAUUUUUGUCUGUCAUAUGUGGGUCUGGUACUUUAAUAGAUCUAUGAGAUGCACAUACACAAAACAUAAAAGUGAUUUUGCCCACAGAGAACUUACAUUCUGACUGAAGGAAACAGCCAAUUAACAAUGGCCCUAAGUUAUGAAGUUGCAUAGUAUGUCAGAAGGAGAUGGAUUCUAUGGAAAAGUGAAAACAGCAGGUCCCAGGUGAGGAAAAUCACAGCGGCAGGGAUGAAUUACAACAUUACCAGACUUCACAUUAGGACUGACGAGGAUGCGGCUAUUUUAGCACACACUGUAGAGGUGAGAGAAGACAGUUCAUUUCCUCCUUUCUAACGUGUACGUAUUUUCUUGUCAUAGAGCACUAAAGAGUCCCUGUGAAGUAAUGUUGAAGGACAGUGGAGAUACCAAUUUUUCUUUUGUCUCUGAUCUUUGAGGAAAUAACAUGAUAUAUAAGGCAUGUGCUGUAUAAUUUUUUGGCAGACUUUUUAGAUGUUUAAGGAAAAUCCAUUCUGUACUUUAUUCAAAAAGAAAUGCCAAGAAUUGGUGAUUUAGCAUCAAAUUAUGUUUUAUGCAUCUUCUGAGUUGAUUGUAUGAUAGAUAGCAUUUUCUAUGAAGUGAUGAAAUACACGUAUUGAUUUUUCAUUUUUAUAUUUUUCAUAUAGUUUGAAACUUACAGAAGUUGCAAGAAUAUUACAAGAUAUUCUUGUAUAAAUUUUACCCAGAUUUAACAAUUGUUUUGCACCUUUUCAUUUAUCAUUCUCUCCCCCCACAUACGUGUGUGUGUGUGUAUUUCUAAGCAAUUGGAGUUAAAUUUCAAAAUACUUUUCCUCUGUACUAGUGAAUACUUCAGUGCAUGUUUCCUAAGGGCACAUUUUAUAUUAUUGGAGUAGUAUCAUAAUCUGGAAAUUCAGCGUUGGUAAUUACUAUUCUUUCAUCAACAGUCCAUAUUCAGAUGUCAUCAUUCACGCUAAUAUUGUCCCUUAGUAUUCCCAUGGUCCCUGAUCAGAUCUAGAACUGCAUAUUGCAUGUAGCUAUCAUCACCCCUUACACUCCUUUAAUGAAGCAGUUCAUCAGCCUUUCAUGAAGUUCCUUGGACUUGACAGUUUUCACAAAGACAGCUCAUUUAUUUUGUAAAAUGUGUUUCUUUGAUGUUUCCUAAUGAUAUUUUUCUUUUGCAUUGUUUUACAAUGAAAUCAUAGAAGUGACAUUAUGUCUUUCACAGCACAUCAUAUCAGGAGGCACACGAUGUCCAUGUUUACCAAUUAUUAACUUUAGUGACUCCUGUAGGUUUGUGUUCUUGACUUCAAAAUUACUGUUUCCCUUUAUAUUUAGUAAAUAAUUAUUCAGAAAAUAUUUGAAACCGUGUCAAUGUACCGAUCCGCAGCAAUACUUCCUCCCUUGGUUUAAGCCACCACUCAUGAUUUUCAGAUUCCAACAAUCUUCCACAUUUAUUUGUUGUCAUUCGACCUUGGAAGUAAGCUUUCCCAAAGAAAUGUCUUUUCAUUAAUUUGUAUCAGUGUGGGCCAAUGGAUUCUUAAGUGUUUAAGUGGGUUAUAACCGACCACUGUCAUUUAUUUUGAUGCUCAAAUUUUCCUAGAUUGACUCCAUGAGAGUUCCUUCAAGCUGGCUUCUUUGUCCCCUUUCCAUAUCGCCAUCACAUUUUAGGCACUUCUUUGUGGUACAAAAGAUACUCCAGUUUCAUCUUGUAACUUUCCUUGCCCUGCCAGAAAUCAGUCUUUUCUCCAAGUAGUUUUUCUUCUUUGUGGUAGAGAAAGGUAUUGAGAAAUCAAGAGCUGGGUAUUGGAAGAUACUUAAGGACACGGGUGAACCAUUGCUUCCAGGCUGCUUCUGACUACACUCAAUCUGCCUUCAUAAACACUACCUGUGUCAUGGCAAGCUAAAAACCAUUAACGUUUAGGAAAUGAUUUAAACUUUUUAAAAGUAAAAUGUCUAUUCAGAGGAAUACACAGAUAUACUCAGGAGAAUACGUAAGUACAAUCUGAUGACUGACAAAUGCCUUUAUCCAUGAAACAACUUCCCAAACUAUACAACGAUUCCAUGAUGCCAGAAAAUGCCCACUUGCCUGAUUCAGUAAAUCUCAGAGCCCAUAACUUUUCUGAUUUUUUUCAGUGCAGUUGUUUGCCUGUUGUCUCAUUGGUAUCUAAGUUUUGCCUGCCCUGAGUUUUAUAGAAGUAUUUAAUUGGAAAUAUUAAACAUAUCAAGAUUUUUACUUUUUCUGGAUUUUUAAAAUAAUUAUCCAGGCAUAACAAAAUUAUGCUCCUAGGACUUUUUAAUAUUAGUUUUAGCUUUACAUUUAUUCUUAGAGCAGCUCAAGUCUGUCGGUCUACGUGGUGUUUUCUAUGAAUCCAAAUAAACGGGACUAUUUGGUGCUAGUUACCAUCCUAGGAUAUCACUUUGUGAUAUCCAGUGACUAAGAACACCCCACCCUCACAGAGCUUGUAGUGGAGCCAAAGUAGGGGAUUAUGUAUACAAUAUGCAAAGAUUACUUAAUAUACACAUGCUGUAUUCCUCAGUGAAGAAGUUCAAGGUCCCUUGUGAGUGUAUAGUGUAUGAAAACCAUCAAAUUUGUGAAUGUAAGUAAAAUGUCACCAUUUUAUACAUAAGUAAAAUAUUUAGUGUUA